AUGGACGACAACAAGCGUAUGAGGCUUGACACGACUGAGGAUUCAACAGUCCCACAUGUCAGGCUCAAUGGGAAGGAGGUCAAUCUCUUCACUUUGCUAGCAGGAGAUGAACUUAACCAACACCGGGAACGACUCACAGACACAGAGCUCGAAACAGAACCCGUCCUUGGACUCAAGUCAGUCCUGAAGCCGUGGCAACAAACUGGGCAACAGAAACUCCAAAUCCUUGCAAAGUCUGUCUUUCAGGGCGGGUUUCUUUGCGACUCAGUGGGCUUGGGCAAGUCUCUUACCUCCUUGAUUGCAGCUUUGAAGCUCCGAGCCGAACUGCUUCCCAAGUGUGGUUUUAUUCUGGUUGUCUGUAGACCCAGUUGCGUGGCACAGUGGUUUGAUGAGAUCAGAACGCACUUUGAUGAGGGCUCUCGACCAUCCUGCAUCAUCCUUGAUAGCCAUGAUAUCCCAGUCACAGCCCUCUUGGAAUAUGACAUCGUUAUAUGCAGCAGCGGCUUUGUUAAAAAGCUACAUGAGAACUGGAUGGGAUAUACCAACUUCAUUCAUUGCAUCCACGGUAUGGGCCUUAAGACAGCAUUGGCCACCUUUGGUCGACGGCUGGAGCGACCAUCUCUACCACUACAUUCAGUUCUGUACAAGGAGCUGGGAAAGGAGAUUCCUGUGUUGAUCUUGGACGAAAGCCACGAUGCCAAGAAUGAAGCUGGCUUGCUCAACCAAGCCAUCCGAUCGCUACAGUACCGCCACAUCUUCCUGCUGACUGGGACUCCCAUACCCAAUACAUGGCGAGACCUCGCUGGACAAACCAGGCUACUCCCAGGUGGCGGGUUAUUCAAAAGUUCAGAGCACUUCCUCGAGGUUUUUCAAGGCAGUACUCAAGGUCAACCAUCGGACGCCAGGCGGAAGCUAUACACAGCUCUUUACCAAUGCCUGAUUGUGGGUAGGCCGAAAUCGCUGUUGCAGUUGCCCCCUCCACAGGAGCACAUGGUUCCAGUCCAUCUGGAGGAUCGUGUGACCAUAUUGUACAUCGACUAUCUAACUGCCCGUCACAAAAGAUACUUGCGAGACAGCAGGAGGCCCGGAGCGCAUGAUGAAAAUGCAAGAAUGCUUUUUCAGAAAGCCAUGGCACUGGGGAUGCAGGCCCAGAGGUUGGCUGGCUGCACCAUUCUCCUCACGGCGACUGACAUUGGGGCCGAACAUCACGAUCCGCAUGCGAAGAUUUUGCCCACAAUCGAAGAGGCUUUUGAGGCGUACAAACGCUCUACAAAACUCAUCCACCCCAACACCAAGCUCGACGAGAUGGAAGACGAGGAAUUUGAGUACUUCAGAGCGUUCUUUGAAGACUUAAGCACGAGUCCUGCAUCAUCCGCUCCGCAACAUGGAAGCCAGCCCGGUAGCGAUGAGGAAGGUCAAGCGAUUGAGGAAGCCGCUUUGUUAAAUCAUGAAACGGACACACAACCACGGUACUCCGAUCCCAACUUUGAGUAUCAUGACGAUGCCCAGGAUGCCGAUUGGCAGCCUCAAGAUCAUGUAGCAGGUUUUGAAACAGAAGAAGAAGACGAUGGCGGUGACGCCGGAGCAGCGGACAGUGCAGAACACUCAGGGAACAAGCCACAACGCGAGAAACGAGCCAAUCCAAAGUUCAUCGAACGGUGGCUUGGAAGACUGGAGACUGAGCCAGAUACGAAGAUCUUCGAACCUCGAGUCCGGGCGAUCAUCAACACCAUAAAACAGAUCCGUCAAAGGUCCCAAGAUGACAAGGUCAUCGUCGUUUCGGGAAUGGUGAUGAUGCUUGACGUGGUGCAUGAAGGCCUGCGUCGAGAAGCCCGAGUCAACCCCAGUAUGAAAUUCGACAUUGGCGAAUUUAAUGGGACGACGAAGCCUGAACGGAGAACCGAGGUUAUCCGAGAGUUUAACCGCCAAAACAGCCUCAUGCGAGUGCUGUUGCUAAGUGCCGUUGCUGGAGGUACGGGAUUGAACCUUGCUGGCGGGUGCCAUGUGAUCCUAUGCGAGCCUUGGUGGACGCCAGGUCUCGUAGAACAGGUCAUUGGCAGGGCAAACCGGAUGCCCCAACAGAAACAGGUGCAGGUCUACAAGGUAACCGCGGCGAUGUCAAGCAUUGAUACGCUGAUACAAGAGAAAUUGGCCAAGAAGCAGGAGUUCAUCGACCAGACUGUUCCGUUCUUUAUUCGCCAUGACGCGACUCCCUGCAUCCCCCUUGCGCUGCCCAGUCAGGAAGAUUUGGAUUCGGAGGUUAGGAAGGAAACAGAGUAA